ACCUAAAAAAAAAAAAAAAAAAGAAUCGUCGACGACUUCCCUGUCUCCAAACUUGUGGACACGCUAAAAGGCCCCCCGUCCGCCUGGUGUCGCGGUCUGCAGAGCUCAGCAUGUCGCCCUCCUCCAACGGCGACUCGCCCCACUCGGUCACGGCCACCAUGACUACUGCUGCCGCAGCCGGCGCCACGGUCGUCAGGCAGUACCCGCCGCUGCCGAAUUGGGACUUCACCGUCGAGAUACCCUCUCCGCAGCAGCUCUCUGCCGGCGCCAACGGCGCCAACACGAUCAAGUCUCCGAACUCGCUCAAGGCGGCAACACGGACUCCGAACUUCAGCCGGGAAGGCAUCCUCGGCUCGGCCCAGAAAGCCCGCAACCUAUCGCAGUCGUCGGAUAACAGGCCCGAGACGAUCACGAACGGCAUUCCCAAGUCUGCGAGUGAAGAGGGCGUUAAUCCGCUCAAGAGGAGAAAUACAGAUGCCGCCGUCGAUUAUCCUAGGCGGAGAGCGACCAUUGCCUGCGAAGUCUGCCGCUCGAGAAAGUCACGAUGUGACGGUACGAAACCGAAAUGCAAGCUCUGCACAGAGCUUGGUGCAGAGUGCAUUUAUCGCGAGCCCGGCAUCAAGCUCGACGCGGGGGAUAAGCUCAUCCUGGAGCGCCUUAACAGGAUUGAGAGCCUUCUGCAGAUGAACCUGGUUGCCAACCAAGGAAACGGUAUCAACUUGUCUCACGACUCGCCAAACAUGAGCAAUGGAACCGCCCUGAGCGGGGAUAACCUCCUGGUGCGGGACCCGAGCAGCAAUUUUGUCUCCGUCAUCCCCAGCGGCGGCCUGGGGACCUGGUCGGCAAACUCGACAAACAUCUCAACUAUGCCAAAGGUGCACACCAACGCCGCCCUCCACCUUCUGCAAUGGCCGCUGAUCCGCGACUUGGUCUCGCGGCCGUAUGACCCUCAAAUUCUCCUCCAGCUUGAAAUGGCCCGCGAACCGCUGCACUCGCUCGCGAAGACGCCCUGCGUCGACUUGUCCAACACGAAUGCGUACAUCGAGGCGUACUUUGACCGAGUCAAUGUGUGGUACGCCUGCGUCAACCCAUACACCUGGCGGAGCCACUACCGGAUCGCUCUAUCCAACGGCUUCAGGGAGGGUCCAGAAAGCUGCAUUGUACUUCUCGUCUUGGCGCUCGGGCAGGCGAGCUUGAGAGGCAGCAUAUCCAGGAUCGUCCCGCACGAGGACCCCCCGGGCCUUCAGUACUUCACGGCCGCUUGGUCAUUGCUCCCGGGCAUGAUGACUUCCAACAGCGUCCUGGCCGCCCAGUGCCACCUGCUCGCGGCCGCCUACCUCUUCUACCUGGUGCGGCCACUGGAGGCCUGGAACUUGCUCUGCACCACAAGUACGAAACUGCAGCUCCUGCUCAUGACGCCGAACCGAGUUCCUCCGGACCAGCGAGAGCUUAUCGAGCGAAUCUACUGGAACGCCCUGCUCUUCGAGAGCGACUUGCUCGCAGAGUUGGAUCUACCCCACUCUGGCGUCGUCGCGUUUGAGGAGAAUGUGGGCUUGCCCUGCGGUUUCGAGGGGGAUGAACAGGAGGCAGUCGGGCGAGACGAGCUAUGGUACUUCUUGGCCGAAAUCGCGCUCCGCCGAUUGCUGAACCGGGUCAGCCAACUCAUUUACUCCAAGGACUCGAUGGCCUCGACGACCAGUCUCGAGCCGGUGGUUGCCGAGCUGGAUUUCCAGCUGACGCAGUGGUACGAAAGCCUGCCGGUGCCCCUGCAAUUCCCAUUUACGCGCACCAUGUUACCGGAUCCGGUGCAGACGGUGUUGAGGCUGCGCUUCUUCGCAUGCCGGACCAUCAUCUACCGCCCGUACAUCCUCGCGGUCCUGGACAACGAACAGGCCAUAUUGGACCCCGCGGUGCGGGAGGCCUGUACCAAGUGCCUAGAAGCCUCCAUCCGGCAAUUGGAGCACAUUACCGCGCAUCACGCCGGACACAUGCCUUACCUCUGGCAAGGUGCGCUUUCCAUCGUGUCGCAGACCCUGCUCGUCAUGGGUGCCACAAUGUCACCGUCGCUGUCUACCAUCCUCUGGAGCCUCGUCCCCCACCGCGAGGCAAUCGACCAAAUCAUCAACGACGUGGUCAUGGAAAUUGAACGCUACGCCGUUCUUUCUCCCAGCCUCAGCCUUUCCGCUGAAAUCAUCAAAGAAGCUGAGGUCCGGCGCCGGACUUUCCUGAGCGGUUGAUCCAUUGCACAUCCAGUGCGAACGCCUAACGUCCCGCCCAGAGCUUCCUGCCAGGACACUUGUUCUAAGGCAUCGACGAUGCACGCUACCAACAGUCAAACAUCACGCGAUAGCCCC